ACAGUGCCAAAAACCAGCAGCUGGGCCGGGGACGCUUCUCCCAGCUUCUGCCACAGUGCCACCCCCGACACCCCCGGCGCGCCGACCUCCAGAUCCAUCGACGCCGGUUCCCUCCCCCCCAACCCCGCCCGGCCGCUUCGCCCCUCCGCCCGACCACCCCGCCCGGCCGCUCCGCCCCUACGCCGCUCCGCCCGGCCGCUCCGCCCCUCGGCCGCUCCGCCCGCCCCUCCGCCGCUCGGCUCCGCCCCUCCGCCCCUCCGGCUCCCGGCCGCUCGGCCCCUCCGUCCGGCCCCUCCGCCCGGCCGCUCCGCCCGGCCCCUCGGGCGAUGUGCAUGGUUGCUCCGCCCGGUCACCCGAGCUCAGAUCUGUCAGCACAUUGAAAGCCACACGGCGGUGGAUCGGCUGUGGCCACAUACGAUCUUUUGUGCCCACCUUGCGACCAUCCGUGUGGCACUUCCUCUACUAAAAACCAGAUUCCAGAAACCAGCUUCCAAACAGCACCUUCAGUUUUUACUCAAAAACCAGCUUCUGUAAACCACCUCAAAAACCAGCUUUUACAAAAACCGAAACUCAUCCAAACAGGCCCUUAGCCCUAGGGCUUCCUACCCCAUCUGAUACGCCGCCGCUGCGAACACGAAGGCGACCGAUCCUCCCUUCGCCUCGUUUGCAUCUGCCGCUAGUCCUUUGCCAGAUCUGCUAUUUGUUGCAGUGGCAUGUCUCUAUGGUGUUCUCGGGAUCACCCAGCGGCCUUAGUUGCGUGCAGCAGUAGGCGCCGGCGGCGGAAGGUUAAUGCCGGUGAUUCAUCCUCGUGGGCGUCUCUGCACGAGGAUUUGGUGAGCCUAAUCGGAUGGCGAGUGCUAGCCGGCGACUUCCGUGAUUACAUCCGCUUCCGAGCUGUGUGUCCCCACUGGCGGUCCAGCACUACUUGCCCGCGCGGCCGCGGCAUCCUUGACCCGCGCUUCUAUCCGCGCGGGUGGAUGUUGCUGCCCGAGGGCCGCGGCCUCUACCCAGGCCACGGUAAGCUCCACGGCUACGUCCGAUUCUUCAACCUGUCAACUGGUGCCUUCGUCCGCGUCAGGCUGCCCCUUUUUAAGGAUCACUGCGUCCUCUACUCCGUCGAUGGCAUCAUCCUGCUGCAAAGGGACCAUGACACUGCCAUCCGCCUCCUUCACCCCUUCACCGGUGAUACCGCAGAGUUCCCGCCGCUGGAGACCCUCUUGCCGCAAGUGCGCUGCCGCUCGGAGGGGUCUCGGUGGUACUCUCUUAGAAGUAUCUGUGGUGCCAGCAUCAGCGUGGGUGUAGAUGGACUCGUCAGAGUAAUGAUGCGGCCAAAUGACGUGUGGAAUAUAUGUUUUGCUACCUCUGGUGAUCAGCAAUGGAGGGUCACAACAACCUGGGAGUGCAGCAAGCUUUCUUCUACAUUGCCAUUCCAAGGAAAGCUUUAUGUGUUGCUGCGACCUAAUUCAGUGAGAGGUGAGCAUGAGGUCAUACAGAUCGACCCACCCCAGCAGGAAGGUAUGGACAUUGGCUCUUUAUCGGAGCCAUCACCAAAGUUGAUUGCAAAAUUUAAAUGGCCAACAAGCGAUAAAAGCUAUUCAUUGUAUUACUACCGUCUGGUAGAAUGCAACUCAGAGAUUUUGGUGAUUGGCACAAAAUGGGAUGCAGUUUACUAUUCAGUUUACAGGCUAGCUGAUCUUAUGCUGGGAAGGAUUGUCCAUGUGACAUCCAUAGAUGGCAGUGCACUCUUCAUUGGUAGGAGGUCACUCUGUGUCAGCUCUAAGGUGUUCCCUACCAUUGUUCCUGACACCAUUGUCAUGCGAGAGACCAAAAUUUAUCUUAGUCAAUACCACCUCAGUAAUAGCACAUUAUCACAAGCAACAGACAGAGUAAUUGCAGAAGAAAAAGAUAUUCCAGGUCCUUAUAGCAUCAUGUGCCAUAUCAUAACCUGUUGCUCUCCUUCAUACUGGAACAAAGGGAAGAUAUCAUGUAAGGGGUUGCCCACAUGGAAGGUGAAGAAAAAAUUUCGUUAUGGGGCAUAAAUGGGUUACUGCACCAUGAUGGGUUACUGCCGCCUGGUUUCCCGACUGCAUUUAUCUAUCUAGUUAUAUUAUCGUUGUCUCUGAUAUAUGCUUUUUCUGCACUGUAAUAAGUUAAUAUAUUAUCGUUGUGUGUCUCUGAUAGAUGAUUUCAUGCACUGUAAUAAAUUAUUAUAUUAUUAUCGUUGUGUCUCUGGUAGAUGUUUUUCUGCACAAUAAAUUAUUAAAUUAUUAUCGUUGUGCA